AUGGGCUGUGGAGCAUCCAGUGCAAAGCCAGCAGAGGCCAAGGAGGCUGCUAAGGAAGAAGUACAGGAGGUGAAGGCACCUUUGGUGAGCAUUGAUGAGAGCAAGUUUACCAGCAUUUUCAAGAAAGGAGGUGCGCAGAGUGGCGCGUGGAUCAGCGACAAGCUCUACGUCUAUGUUCUGGGUGACAACGAUGUAGAAGAACAUCCCGUGGAGGUUCUGGACAUCAACACAAUGACAGCCACACAGGUGGCCACCUUCACAGGAAAGGACUGGCCCAGUACCGCCGCCACUGCGGAUGGAUCGAUGUAUGCCUUGGCAGCAGGGCCUGUGCUAAAGAUCUUCAAGAGUUCCGACCAUUCAGAAGUAUGCUCCAUCACCACACCAUCACCUCACUAUGUCUCCCAGCUGGCCUUCAGUCCAGAUGGAAAGAAGAUCGCGUGUGAAGGGGACAGGUGCAAGAGCUGGGUCUAUUCAGUACCUGAGGGCGCCGAACUCUUGGCCCUUGAAGGAGAGAAGACAACGGACUACGGAAUGAAGCCACUAUGGUGGGACAACGACACGUUGUUCUCCUUCCAUAAGUGGUUUCUGUACGCCCACACGGUGAGUACCAAGGCUCUCAUCACCAAAUUUGAAGUUCCAAAAGGAGAGUUCGUAGCCUCUGGAGUCCAUAUCACAAAGAGCAAGAAGAUCUACGUUUCGAACGACAACGGAGUGUUGCACGAGUUGACCUAUGACGGGAUGCAGUUUGUGAUCAAGGAAAGCUACGAACGAUUCAGCGACAGCAUUGGGCCCAGCAACAUGCAGGUCUUUUCUGACGAGCAGACUGUGCUCUAUGAGAAGUCAGGAGGAGGCCACUUCCACGUGAAAGUCGUUGGCCAAUGGGAGAAACAACUUGGAAAGUGCUGA